AUGGCGGGCGGCUGUCUCCGACGCCGCCUCGAGCCGCCUCGAGUGCGCCUCGCCUCGCUCUUCGUCUACUCGAGCCUCGUCUCGUGUGCCGCCUCGCGGGCGGGGUGGCGUGGCGGGCGGCUGUCUCUGCCGCCGCCUCGACAGCCUCGUCUCGUGUGCCGCCUUGUGGGCGGCGUGGCGGGCGGGCGGCUGUCUCUGCUGCCGCCUCGAGUGAGCCUCGUCUCGCUCUUUGUCUACUCGAGCCUCGUCUCGUGUGCCGCCUCGUGGGCGGCGUGGCGUGGCCGGCGGCUGCCUCUGCCGCCGCCUCGAGUGAGCCUCGUCUCGCUCUUUGUCUACUCAAGCCUCGUCUCGUGUGCCGCCUCGUGGGCGGCGUAG